GUGUGGGUGGGGUUUUUCCUGGGCCUGUCGGCUUUAAUUGUAAAACCCGGAGACAACGCUUUGUUCAUUUCUCUUUCCAUUCUCGGGGGUUUAGGAAUGGGAGGAUAUUUUGCAACUCCGGAGGCGAUGAAGCCGGACGUGGUGGACUACGACGAGUUCCGAACCGGCGCGAGACACGAAGCGCGUUUCGCCGGAGUUUUCAUGUUUUUCGCCAACAUCUGCGCGGGAAUUGCCCUCGAAAUCAUGCUGCUGCUGCUCGACAACUUCGGCUACGACGGCAGCAAACAAAUCGGAGAAGCAGAACCCCAAAAAGUGGUUUUGCUGCUGCGCGUUGGCUUCGGCAGCACUUUGCUGCUGCUGCUGCUGCUGAUCAUUCCCGCCAUGGUUUGCUACCCCAUCACUCGCCAGAAGCACGCCGACAUUCUGGCCGCCAUUCAAAAACGACUCGAGGGCCAACACGCCGCAGACCCCCUCUACGGGGGGCCCCCUUUGCCGCCUUACGAAAAUGUCAGUCUUUUUCGCCAAGUCCAAACUUCAGAAAUAAAUGAAAGUCAAAGCAGUUCUUUCCUGCAGCAAGUGGGAAUGGAAGUGGGGUCUUUGGCGGGCAUUCACGGCGACAGAACGGGGAUUCGAAACAUCC